AUGCCUGAUGGAGUCGUGAAGAUUGCGCGCGAAGUUGUGCGCUAUACAAUCCUUUCUCAUAGGUGGUCCGACGAAGAAAUCUCGUUCACAGACGUGCAGACAGGGAUUUUGCAUGACAAGGCCCUUACUUCUGGAAGGAAAAAGCUCGAGGAUUUUCUGGACCACUCUAGAAACGAAUACGGGAUAGAGCUGGGCUGGGCUGAUACCUGCUGCAUCGACAAGACAAGUAGCUCGGAGCUGGACGAAAGCAUCCGUUCGAUGUUCCGAUGGUAUGAAAAAUCUUCUGUUUGUCUCGUUCACCUCGGUGAAACGCAUACGUUUGAAGAUCUCGAACACGACGUCUGGUUUACCCGAGGAUGGACCUUGCAGGAGCUCCUUGCGCCAAAGAGGAUACGGUUUUACAACACCGAUUGGGUGGCUCAGGUGACGGAAAUACCCCUGCCCAACCUCAAAACAAGGCGUUUUGGGAUUCGCGCGUUUAGACCGGGUGCAUGGGAUGUUGACAGGAGAAUGGCGUGGGCUGCAAACAGACACGUCACUCGCGGCGAAGACGUGGCAUACUCUCUCAUGGGUGUUUUCGAUGUCUCCAUCAUUACUGCGUACGGUGAAGGUCAGGACCGUGCGUUCUGCAGACUCAUAGAAGCCAUUAUGAUGGCAGGAGGCAGUCCAUCUAUCCUGAACUGG